UCGCAGUCAGACGUCUGGGAGGUCAGCUGGAGUCGAAGUCUCUGAUAAGACGCGAACACGGCUCGAACCAUCGACAGUCAGAAUGUGGCGUGCGGUCCUGUUUGUACUGGCUGCCAGCUUUUCAGUGAGCCUGACCAGGCCCCGCUUACACCCUCUGUCUAAUGAGAUGAUCAACUACAUCAACAAGGUCAAUACUACCUGGAAGGCUGGCCACAACUUUCAUAAUGUUGAUUACAGUUAUGUCCAGAAGCUCUGUGGGACACUGCUGAAAGGACCUAAACUGAAAACCAUGGUUCAGUAUGGGGGAGGUCUGAAGCUGCCUGCACAGUUUGAUGCCAGAGAGCAGUGGCCUAACUGUCCCACUCUAAAGGAAAUCAGAGACCAGGGCUCUUGUGGAUCCUGCUGGGCGUUCGGUGCUGCAGAGGCCAUGUCUGACCGUGUUUGUAUCCACAGCAAUGGAAUUGUCAGUCUGGAGAUCUCUUCUGAGGAUCUGCUGAGCUGCUGCGACAGCUGUGGCAUGGGAUGUAAUGGCGGUUACCCCUCAGCAGCUUGGACCUACUGGACCGAAGACGGGCUGGUCACUGGAGGUCUUUACGACUCUCAUAUUGGCUGCAGACCCUACACCAUUCCACCUUGUGAGCACCAUGUGAAUGGCAGCAGACCCUCCUGCACUGGGGAGGGUGGUGACACACCUUCGUGCAAAAGCAAGUGUGAAUCUGGAUACACACCCAGCUACAAACAAGACAAGCACUAUGGUAAAACGGCUUACAGCGUGGAGGCAGAUGAAACUGAGAUUCAGUCUGAGAUUUACAAAAACGGUCCAGUAGAGGGAGCGUUUACCGUCUAUGAAGACUUUCCUCUGUACAAGUCUGGUGUGUAUCAGCAUGUGUCUGGUUCUGCUGUUGGUGGACAUGCCAUCAAGAUCCUGGGCUGGGGGCAGGAGAACGGUGUCCCUUACUGGCUUUGUGCAAACUCCUGGAACACGGACUGGGGUGACAAUGGAUUCUUUAAAAUCCUGCGUGGAUCAAAUCACUGUGGUAUUGAAUCAGAGAUAGUGGCUGGGAUCCCCAAAUAAACCAAAGGUUUGAGCUGAAACCUUAUCACUAGAGGGCGCUACACUCCACUCGCCUGCCACAAAACAAUCAUUAGCUUAGGUUUUUUUUUUUUUUUUUUUUUUUUUUUAAUAAUUGGCUUAGUUUUCCACCUAUUGUGUGGCAGAAUAACACGUUUCAGAAAAACUCUGCAAACUUUAGCUUCGCAGUUGGAAAUGGCAGUGCACCCGCACACAGAUCAACAUUUUCUGUUUUAUUGCUUCUUGUAAGUGGUGUCAAAUUUUAUAGCAAGACCUGUCAGGUCAGUUUAUUUUGUAUUUUGAUAUUUUAGGAUGUCACUGUGAUUUAAACAAGAGGCAUUUUUUUCUGUCGUGUCACAUUUUUGAAACUAUUGUGAAAUUAACUGCCAUUUUAGAUCAAAUCAGUUUAUGAUUGAAUUUUGUUUUUAGAACUACGCAAAUAAGCAAAUUUGUACCUAAUUUGUAGUAAUAAAUCUUUUGAUUUACAAUUGUGUUGUUUUUUGCCAAUUAAUGUCUGAAUGUACUGCAUGAAACUGCUCAUUUUAAAUGUCAGGACAAGAUGAGAAGACAUGUU